AUGGCAUACAACGGAGGAUACGAAGGAGGGCCGGGAGGACGCCAGUAUGGUGGCCAAGCACCACCACCUAGAGGACCGCCGCAGCGAGCAUACACCGCUGGGCCUGGCAUGCCACAACAGCAGUACAAUGCGCCGCCGCCUCAGCAGCACUACGACCAAUACCAAGAAGACUAUGGCUAUGGCGGGGGCUACGAUGACUAUGGGGGUGGCUACGAUCAGGGCUAUGGAGGACACGAUCAAGGUUACGGCGGACAAUAUGAUGACAGAAACUACCAGAGAGGCCCGCCAGCUCAGGAUUACCCUCAGCAAGACUACUAUAAUCCCGGACCCAACGGCCGCGGUGGACCCCCUCCUGGACCUCCUGCUCCCGGUCCCGGUCGAGGUGGACCGCCCAUGCAAGGAGGCCGAGCUGGGCCCGCUGGUCCGAUGCGUCCUCCCGCAGACAACGGCAGGGGGGGUCCUCCAGCUCCCUAUCCGCCGCGUGGUGGCGGCUACCCUCCGGGCCCGGGACGGGGUUAUCCGCCCCAAGGCCCCGGUGGGAGACCAGGUCCUCCGGAUCGAGCUGUAGCUUCAGAUCCCAGCGCGAACCGCCGACCACCCAUGAAUGGCCCCGGUCCUGGUCCCGGUCCCGGCCCUAUGAGUCCUGGCGACCGUGGUUUUGGUGGUGGUAAUUUUCCGCCGCCUCCGGGAGCGCAGCGAAGGCCGGAUAUGGACAAUGAGAGACAGAUGACCGCGCAAAUGGAUGGGAUGAGCCUCUCAGAUCAGAGACUGCCAACAAGGGGGCCUCCUGGGCCUAAUGGACCUGGACCGCAACGAGGACCGAUGCGUCCAGAUACCAGGGAUGGUUAUGGAGGGCCGAUGCGCCCUGAUACUAGAGACGGCUAUGGAGGACCGGGACCUGGAGAACCGGGACCUGGAGGACCGCAAAGGGGACCGCCUCAGCCAUACCGCCCCCAGCAAGAUCUUCAAGAUCAGCGACGAGGCCCUCCUCCUGGCCCUGACUUUGGCCAGCCUGGGGGAUAUCAGGAUGGCGGCUUCGGCCCCCCCGGGCGGAGCAUGACAAUGCCUGCGAGAGAUGAUAUGGGUUUUCAGCCCCCACCGCAGAAUUUCAUGCACCGGAGCGACAGUGCCCCUUACAACGGUCCUGUUGGACGCGCGAUACAAAGACCGAACACGGCUCAAGGUGCGCGAGCGCCACCACAGAGGGUUUACCCGUCUGACAAUGGAGCGCCCCCGUUACCACAAAACAACUAUGACCAAGGGUACGGGAACCGACCAGAUAUGGGUUAUGGAGGCCAACAGCAACAGCAGCAGCCCGGUCCUGUUGAUGAUUACUAUGAAGAUUAUUACGAACCUAAUGGCAACGGCGGAUACCCAGCUCAAAACCCGCCCUCGGCUCAAACAGACGGCCCCAAUUUCGAUGCUAUUCCCCCUCACAGGCAUAAGGACUCUUUUGACCAGCACAUGCAGCCUAAUCAGAUGCAGCACCAAGCCCAGCGUGGACCUGGCCGCCUUCCGGAGAUGUCUAGGGCCAAGUCUCAGCCUGACUUGCGAAAUUCACAGACGGCUGUAUUUGAGAUGGCGAGUGAUAUUCCCCCGAUACCCAUGAUGCCACAACAUACUGGGGGUCCGCGGGGUUCGCUUGAGAGUCAGAAUAGUCUUCACAGGCCGUCUCCUAAUGGCCAGCCAGGACCGCCGCCGCCAGGAGCUGGUAUGCCUCCACACCCAGUACCGUACAGACCCGGGCAGUCUGCGCCCCCUCAAGGACCGUAUAACCCGGAUAAUUUGCCAUCGCAUCCUGCUCCAGUCCGCCCAGGUCAGAUGUCCGGCUCUAUGGUCAACUUGAAUGACAGGCCCCCUCCAGUCAGGAACUACCAGGCUGCUAUGAACAGUAUGCCUGCUCCUCCCCCUCUCAACAACCAACCUGGUCCUCAACCACCGCAGAGCGGUCCUAGUCCGCCGCCGCCUCCCACGAAACCAGUCGAGCCCAAGGUUACUGUGGAAGAACUGGAACACCUGCGGGCCAUUGUCAAAAACGAUUCCAAUGACCAACAGUCUGCUCUUCGGCUUGCUAAGAAACUAGUCGAAGCGUCAGACGUUUUGGUCCCAAAUCUGCCUGACCCCAAGGCUCGAGCUCGCUCUCGGGAUCGCUACCUCGUUGACGCCCACAAGAUUCUUCGCAAGCUUGAGAAGGCUAGCAACCCAGACGCCAUGUUCUUCUUGGCCGACAGCAUCGGCCGCGGGCUGUUCAGCUCCGAGCCCGACCACGCACAUGCCUUCUCGCUCUACCAGUCCGCCGCGAAGCUCGGCCACGCGGCAGCCGCCUACCGCACCGCCGUCUGCUGCGAGAUCGGCAACGACGAAGGCGGCGGCACCCGCAAGGACCCCCUCAAGGCCAUCCAGUGGUACAAGCGCGCCGCCACGCUGGGCGACACGCCCGCCAUGUACAAGGUUGGAAUGAUCCUGCUCAAGGGACUGCUGGGUCAGCCGAAGAACAGGCGGGAGGCCAUCAGCUGGCUCAAGCGGGCCGCCGAGCGCGCCGACACCGAGAACCCGCACGCCCUUCACGAGCUCGCGCUCCUGUACGCCAGCGCCGAGCCCGACGACGUCAUUCUCCGCGACGAGGCGUACGCCUUCAGCCUGUUCAAGCAGGGUGCCGAGCUGGGGUACAAGUUCAGCCAGUUUCGCCUGGGCGCGGCCUAUGAGUACGGCCUGUUCGGCUGCCCGAUCGACCCUCGGUUGUCUAUAAUGUGGUACAGCCGUGCGGCGACCCAGGAGGAGCACCAGAGUGAACUGGCGCUGUCGGGCUGGUACUUCACCGGUAGCGAGGGUGUGUUGCAACAAAAUGAUACGGAGGCGUAUCUGUGGGCAAGAAAGGCUGCUAUGGCCGGACUGGCCAAGGCCGAAUUUGCCAUGGGUUACUUCACGGAGGAGGGUAUCGGUGUGCCGGCCAACCUUGAGGAUGCAAAGAGGUGGUAUUGGAGGGCUGCUGCCCAGGACCACCCCAAAGCCCGUGAGCGUCUAGAGGAGCUUAAGCGAUCAGGGAAGAACGGGCCGAAAAAUCGGGAGAAGAUUUCCCGCAACAGAAAUUCGAGGCAGCAGGAGGGUGAAUGCUUGGUAAUGUAA